CACUUGUUUAGACUUGGCGCCAAGCAGUGCUGCCGGUGAGCUCCUGCCGUGCUUCAUACCAGAAAUUAUUGGGGCGCAUCUCGACAGAGUGCUAGCAGAACAAGCGGUAUAGGUAAGCAAAUGCAGCAAGGGAGAACGCAUAUAAAUAUGAGGUCCAAUGAGCCAGAACACCCGCAGCAUACAGCCAUCGCCUGAAUGCCAUUUCGCUUUGCCUCCAAUGAAACUACUCACCACCAUUAUCACGGCCGCUGCCAUUACCAUUUCUACCGCUCAAGCGUCCAUGGAUUGGACCGCUGACUCAACGCUGGAAUGCGCGCAAGACAGCUGGGGUACUAUCAAGGCCAAGUGCGACCCGAUCAUCAAGUCGACAUCGUGGAUGCUGACGCCGACCCUGAAAAAACAUCUGAAGGAGCUCCAGGGCACUGAUGGCAAGCUGGUUGCUAACCCGACCAUCGACCAGCUUCGAGUGGCGGCGCAGGUUUUCCCUACCUUUAUGUUUGAGUUGUAUGCAGGCAAGGAGAUUGAGGCCUGCCUGGCUACACAUGUGCCCAUGGUCGAAACUCCCACAGUAACUUCUGCAGCCAGCGACGUCUCGACGGCAGCUUCCAAUGCUAGCACUCCAGAUCCAACUUCGGCGACUGACGUUGCUCCUACCAGCACUUCGAACGAACCAGAGUCCACAAGCACGCCUGUUGUCCCUGCCCCACCUACAUCUGAGGCCACUACUGAGUCCACCACAUCCAGCGCUGAUGCUCUGCUCUCGAAAACUGAUGUCUCUACUCAGGCUACUGCCUCGGAGACAUCUGUGCCAUCGACCACCUCCAGUGCACCAACUCCAUCUAGCACAUCUGAUUCCCCAGUUCUGCCCACGACCACAGAUAUGCCUGCUUCCACCCCUACAUCCAGCGCACCGGCUUCAUCAAUCACAUUCGAGACGUCUCAGGCGGAUAACUCAUCAGAGAAAUCUCUCUCGUCUGCUACAUCCGACACUUUGUCUGCUACCCCCAGUUCUGAGGAGUCGCUAUCUACUUCCAACAAGUCCACAGCCUCACAAGUCGAACCCGCCGCUUCAUCUGGAGAGUCAGCUCCUCCAUCGGAUGAGUCUGCCAAUUCGUCUAAUGAGCCAGCUGGUUCUUCGGACAUAGCAUACUCCCUCUCAGAUGAAUACGAAGUUUCGUGCGAGGAAUCCUCUACCCCAUGUAUCGAGUCCUUCACUUCGUCUGGCGAAUCAUUUACCUCGUCUAGCGAGCCAAUAGCCUCUUCUGACGAGUCUGCUGUCUCAUCUGAGGAGCCAGUGCCUUCAUCGUAUGAACCCGAGGUUUCGUGCGAAGAAUCUUUUACCUCAUACAAGGGGUCCCUUACUUUGUCUAGCAAGUCAGCAGCUUCUUCUGACGUGCCGACCACAUCUACGGAUGAGUCUAUCACGGCAUCUGAUGCGCUUGCUUUCUCAUCCAAUAUUUCCACCGAUACGGCCACCGAUGGCAAUUCCAUUUCAGAGGAUAGCACGGCUUCGUCGGUUGAAUCAGAGCGGUCAGUUGAAAGCAUGUCUACCGUCGACGGCAUCGCCUCCAUGUCGUCUGUCUUCAAGUGCUCUCCUCCGAUUCAUGUCACUGUCCAUAUAAAGGCCCACUGAGUAGCAUAAAUACAUGUCUAUCUAUCUUUAUCUUUACCUAUAUAUAAGAUUUUAUAGUCCAAAAAGUGUCCGACCGUCCGCUAGAAAUUAUUUAAUUGGUUAAAAAAAA